AUGUCUGCAACUCAGUUGCUCAACCCGAAGGCAGAGUCGAGGCGGAGAGGAGAGGCUCUGAAAGUGAACAUUGCCGCUGGAGAAGGUCUUCAGGAUGUGCUCAAGUCUAAUUUGGGUCCCUCGGGGACUCUGAAGAUGUUGGUGGAUGGUUCAGGCGGAAUCAAGUUGACUAAGGAUGGAAAUGUAUUGCUGCGGGAAAUGCAAAUCCAAAACCCGACAGCCGUCAUGAUUGCCCGAGCCGCGACCGCACAAGAUGAUAUCACCGGUGAUGGAACAACAUCAGUCGUUCUGUCGGUCGGAGAGCUCCUGAAGCAGGCUGAUCGACACAUCUCCGAGGGUCUGCACCCCAGAGUUAUUACGGAUGGAUAUGAGAUUGCGAAGACAGAAUCCCUAAAGUUCCUCGACCAGUUCAAACUUGAGCGGAAUAUCGAUCGUGAACUGCUGCUGUCCGUCGCUCGUACCUCCCUCACGACCAAAUUGAACAGGGCUCUUGCUGAAAAGCUCACCCCUGAUAUCGUCGAUGCCGUUCUUGCUAUCCACAGAGCCCCCGAAAAGCCCGAUCUGCAUAUGGUUGAGAUUAUGGCUAUGCAACACCGAACAUCGUCUGACACGCAGCUUAUCCGUGGUCUUGCUUUGGACCACGGCGCGAGACACCCUGAUAUGCCAAAGCGUGUCGAGGACGCCUUUAUCCUGACAUUGAACGUCAGUCUGGAGUAUGAGAAGUCUGAGAUUAACUCCGGUUUCUACUAUUCCAACGCAGAACAGAGGGAUAAGUUGGUGGAGAGCGAGCGCAAGUUUGUGGAUUCUAAGUUGCAGAAGAUUGUGGAGCUCAAGAAGCAGGUUUGCGGCAACGACCCCAAGAAGGGAUUUGUUGUCAUUAACCAGAAGGGUAUCGAUCCCCUGAGCUUGGAUGUCCUCGUCAAGAACGGAAUCAUGGCUCUCCGGAGAGCCAAGCGGAGGAACAUGGAGCGUCUCCAGCUUAUCUGUGGUGGUACUGCCCAGAACAGUGUGGAAGAUCUCUCUCCUGAGGUCCUUGGAUGGGCUGGCCUGGUUUACGAGCACCAGCUCGGUGAGGAAAAGUUCACUUUUGUCGAGGAAGUCAAGGACCCUAAGUCUGUUACCCUUCUGAUCAAGGGUCCCAACCAGCACACUAUUGCGCAGGUUAAGGACGCUGUUCGUGAUGGUCUGCGCUCUGUGUACAACACUAUUGUGGAUGGCUGCGUCGUGCCCGGUGCAGGUGCAUUCCAAGUCGCUUGUGCCGCGCACCUGUCGUCUGAAGAUUUCAAGAGAACCGUCAAGGGUAAGGCUAAGUGGGGUGUCGCAGCAUUUGCUGACGCUCUCCUGGUCAUUCCCAAGACCCUUGCCGCCAAUUCUGGACACGACAUUCAGGACUCUCUUGCUGCCUUGCAAGACGAGCGCGCAGAGGGCAAUGUGGUUGGUCUGGACCUGAACACUGGCGAGCCCAUGGACCCCGUGCAGGAGGGUGUCUUUGACUCAUUCCGUGUCUUGCGCAACUGCAUCGCCUCCAGCACAGGUAUCGCCUCGAACCUCCUUCUGUGUGACGAGUUGUUGAAGGCCCGACAGAUGGGUAAGCAAGGUGGACCCGCCGGCAUGGAAGAGUAA